CUACGAUUCUCUAUAGCCAAAAACAAGAAAAUACAACAACACAAACUUCGCUACUAACCAAAAAUAAAACGAAAAAAACUUUAGCAAAACUUUGUUCGAAACAGCAUUUAAUUUUGUUGCUGUUAUUUCAUUACAUCAAGUGCACAAAUAACAUUCAACAAAUAUGGUUUGUGAAAAAUGCGAAAAAAAAUUGGGCAAAGUCAUCACCCCCGAUCCAUGGAAAGCCGGUGCCCGUAAUACAACUGAAGGAGGCGGCAGAAAAAUCAACGAAAACAAAGCGUUAAGUAGUUCUAAACACCGAUACAAUCCCGUGGCCGGUAAUUUUGCUCCAUGUCGAAUAUGCAAGCAAAAGAUUCAUCAGGCCGGAUCUCACUACUGCCAGCAAUGUGCUUACAAAAAAGGAAUAUGUGCGAUGUGUGGCAAAAAGCUCCUAGAUGUAAAAAAUUAUCGUCAGUCAUCGGCAUAAUUAUCAAAACAUUCAAUUUUACUGCUAGAUUGUGUGUAAAUAGCUUUAAUUCUAUUUAUACUUUCAAUUACUUUAUACACUAUAGGAAAACUUUUGGUUUUAUGGCAUACUUUUUAAAGUAUAU